AUGACCACAAACCAGGCUCCCAACCCAAGGGAGUUCAAGUCGUGGGAAGAUGCUUUCCAGUACCCUGUGCCGGUUGUGCGCCGGCUCGAGCAACAGCUUCGCUCCAAUAUCAAUGAGAACAAGGACAAGUUGCGCUCCCUGGUCGGCAACAGUUACCGCGACUUGUUGAGCACUGCCGAACGCAUUGUCGAAAUGGACCAACAGAUACAUUCAGUCGAUACACGCCUCGGAGAAAUUGGUCAGAAAUGCAAUGCUCGUGCUAUUGAAAGAAUUGCCGCCAAUCAACGGAGGACCACCAAUGCUCAGAGGCAGCGCAUUCAUGCUCGCAAUGCUCUCGCUUCGAAUAUUGCCCUCCUUCAACGUUGUAUGACUCAGGCUCUGCAACUAAUCAAAAGAGGCAAUCUUGCGUUGCGUGCUGCAAAGCUUCUUGUCAUUGCCAGGUUGUUGUACAGCAGUGCUUCGAAAUCUCCGGAUCCACCAGCAUUGCUUGACAACCUGAAGUCAAAGCUGACUUCGCUCCGUCGUAAACUGCUAAGUCAUAUCGACAAGCGCCUGGCCUCUGCAACCUUAGAAAAGUCCGCUUUGAUCGACACAUUGGCUGCUUACUCUCUUGCAACUACUUCCACCCCAACAGAUGUUUUGAACCACUUCUUGCACGUACGAGCCUCGAGUCUUGGUGACAUGAUUGAGAAUCCUACACAGACCGACCUCCACAACGCUUUGGGAUCACUCAUCACGACCAUCAAAGAAGUGCAAGCCAUCUUUCCCAAACAGCUCUCCACUCUUCUUGGCAGAUUACAGGAUGAACCACUACUUCAAGACUCAGCAAUACAAGACAUGCCGGAGCUGAAUCUCGACAUCUACGAGCCUUGGAUUCCUGAUGAUGUGCGCAAAUUCACCCCUUGGCUUAGACAUGAUCAGCUGCAAGUGUCUGCUUCCGCAAUUGUACUUAAGAAGUGGGUUGCCAAGGCAAGAUCAUCGCUCAUGCAAGGAUUGAAUCAACUUCUCGACGACACUCAGGACAUCUCGGUCAUUGUCACGCUUCGCAAAGAGUUCAUAACGCGUUCUCUCUCUGCCGAUCGAAAAUUACCAGGCCUCGAUCCGUCAGAGUUCUUCGAGGAACUGCGUGCCUCCUUCAAUCGCCGUCUCCGAGCAUUGGUGGUCGAAUUUGUCGAUGUUGAUGACAUCGUCAGUCCCUAUUUGAGGGGUGAGAAAAUCCAAUCCACAAUCAAUUCUGAACCCGCUCCCGAUUUAUGGGAUCCUUCGAACCUGGACAUCGAACCUGGAAAAGGUUCAAUAAUAUUCAGGAAUUUGGUAAACAAUGCUUCACAUGGCAAGGAUGCUUCUUUGCAAAGUCUUGUGCAGUCGUUCAACAUAUGGUCUUCAGACUUGGCUACUUGGUCCACUACAAUCAAGGCAAUGCGUGACGACAGAUGGCACGAUGAUCUCGAUCUUGACAUUGAAGAUGACUUCGAAAUUGAUUCUCCUCAAGACUUGUUGGCUAGGGAGGAUCCUGAUGAAUUGCAGAAACUGCUCGCAUCGGAAAAAGCCAAGUCGCUCAAGAAUGCAUACGAAAACAUUCAGUCGUAUGUUGAGAGAAAGGGCCGUACGGUCCGAACAUUGCGACUCGUGAGAGAGUUAGCUCAUCAGGCAUCUCGCGGCGAGACACAACCGUCGUCUAGCAAACCACCAUCAUCACUUGUUCAGAAGCUACACGAAAUGCUUGCUGAGCAGGUUCUAGAAAAGUCACAAGGACAGAACAGAGCCACAGCCAAGCUUUUCGUUCGUCCUCCACAUACAGCAUUGUGGGAAGGUUCUCCACCGCUUCCCGUUCAACCAUCACCAGCCUGUUUCAAAUAUCUGCAUGAGACGUGUAGGACAAUGAAGACUGUUGGUAGUGAUCUAUGGACGCCUCCUGCCGUAUCCAUACUCAAGAGCAGAUUACAAAAGACUAUCCUCGAUUCGCUUAACGACAAUCUGCUAAACACAAGCAACACCAAUGGCUCGACCGCAACCACAGAUUCAUCCAACGGAGACAACGGGGUCAUUCCUGCGAAGGACUCUGAAGGAGAUACCGUCAAAGAAGGAGACGACACUGAUGUUACCACACUCUUGAACUCAUCAGACGAACGAGCCCCCAAGCUCAUUCAAGCAACCUUUGACCUGCUUUAUCUGGACAAGAUCCUCUCUGUCUCAAAACCCAGCAUCAGAACACCUGGCUUUGACGAUGCAAUCAAGGAUCUCACACACAAGACCGAAUUGGAAGAUGCCUCACUCGAGCGUCUGAGAAAGAGUUCUGGCGACUACUACAAGCGGACGUAUCUUUUGUUUGGGUUGCUGGCGGUCGGAUGA